AUGACCAUUGAUCAAACAAGAUAUGGGGUUUGCGGUGCCGAUUCUUGGGGACCGUGGGAGAAAAAUGACUUUACAGACUGUUUUAGGGAAAUUGUAAUCAACGCCGGAAUUCCGUUGUUAUAUUCUAUUGGCUCAUUAUGUAUCAUUAUAUUCGUUUACAUCCGUCAAAAGCGGCAAAAGGGAUUAAAUUAUGAACGAUUACUUAAUGACCAAUUAAGUUCGAAUUAUGGAUCGAUUGAACAAACAGUAUUGACGAGUGAUGAUGAAGACAAUACAGAUGCAAUCCUCGUUAGGAAUAAGAUUUUCGACUACGCUCGAUUAUUAAUUGCUUUAAUCUUGUGGGGUUUAUUUAGCGCUCUGGCUUUUGUGAGAUUGAGGAAUAAUGACGAGAAGAAACAUGGAGAUUACUGGGUUGUCGCCCCCACUACAGAGGCUGCAGUUUGGAUGUAUGCAACUGUUUUAGCCUUGAUUAACAUUACAUCACAACAACGCGGUAUACUUCAUGUUCGCGGGCACAUGGACAUAUUAAACCUCCUCGUCUUUACUUCCUCCUUGCUCAAUCUUCGUUCUUUAUAUUUAAAGUUCCAAACAGAAGUCACGACUGAAUAUGCCUUUACUUUAUGGAUCCUAGCCAUUUCAUUUGUAUUGAUUAUUUUAACUAUCUUAGAGCCGCAAGAUGUGGAUGAUAGUUACUCAAAACCUAAUGCGGAGGGUCGAUUUUUAUCGCCUGAAACGAAAACCUCGCUUUAUAGUCAAUUUAUGUUUUCGUGGAUAAAUCCAUUGAUCAACAAAGGAUUUCGUCAAACUAUUAUCGAUAAAGACGUCUAUGAAGUUCCAUUUAGUUACAGAACAAAAAAUUGUAUUAAAGCUUUCCACAAGUGUCUUUAUCAGGAUUCUUUCCUAAAAUCAUUAAUUUGCACACUUCGGAAAGAACUUAUAAUUCAAUUCUUUUACUCGAUGGGGUGGUCGAUCAUUACGGCAUUUGCUCCACCAUACUUUCUCGAGAAAAUAUUGAUAUACGUGCAAAAUUACCCAAAUAACGAAAGCUCUCAAGUGACUGCAUAUUUGUAUGCCGUUGGAUUAUUUUUGGGAACAGUGAUAGCGAGCUUACUUUAUCAGCAGGCAUUAUAUAUUGGUCGGCAAGUUGGUAUGAAAACUAGGUCAAUAAUAAUUGGCGAGGUGUAUCUUAAAGCUUUAUCUAGAAAGGACACCUCUGGUAGCACUAAUGACGAGGAAUCUAAAAAUAAAACUGGAAAGAUAACGAAUCUUAUGGCUGUUGAUGCGUCAAAGGUUGCCGAAAUAUCAGCAUAUAUUUUCUAUAUGUAUUGCUUUCCUUUACAGAUAAUUAUCUCUAUAUCGUACUUAUACUCGUUGCUUGGAGUUUCUGCGCUUGCUGGUGUGCUUACAAUGAUCAUUGUUUACCCUGUGCCUACCUUGAUUAACCAACGUUUUGAAACUAUCCAUAAACGUCUUAUGGAUGCAACGGACAAACGUAUGGGUGUGAUAAAUGAGCUACUUCAAGCCAUUAGAAUCAUUAAGUUUUUUGCAUGGGAAGGUCAAUUUCGCGCUAAGGUUGUGAAAGCACGAGAUAAUGAACUUAAAGAAAUUAAAGGUCGAUUGGUGCAACAGAUUUAUAUGGAAAAUAUUUGGAUGGCGCUACCGCUUGCUAUAAUGGUUUCCGUUUUCUUGACCUACACCAGAAUUCUUGGGAAUGAUUUAAGCGCAGCUAUUGCUUUCACUUCUCUUGCGCUAUUUAAUAAUCUGCGACAUGCGAUUGAUGACAUUCCCGCCAUGGUUGUUUCCCUUAUUCAAGCACGAGUUUCAGUUAAUCGCAUCGAAAAAUUUUUGAAAGAGCCAGAAGUAUCACGCCUGAGUGUUCGUCCCGAAAGCAUUGAUGAUCCAGUUAUAGGGUUCAGGGAUGCAUCUUUCCAAUGGCCAGUUGGAAAUGAGCCAUCGGAUGAUAAUUCGAACGUGGACGUGUUUUUAUGCCAAGGAACAUUGUAG